GACUGCGGGUGAUGCUUUCAUCGUUCGUAUCAUUCAUAUGACUGACUAGUGAUGAGGACAAAGUGGCAGGUGAUCGCGGUAUGAUCUAAUAUCACCAUGUCAAAAACCGGUCGUUUGGAACAGAUGUACAUCAUCAGAUGUGGCGUGCCCUUGUGUUGUGACUCGGGUCCUUUCAUCCCACUGGCUACUCAUCAAGGUCCAUCGUAGAGCGUUCUAUUCUUUGCUUGCGGCGAGGUCAGGCGAUAUUUUCUCUGGGAGUUUUAGUUUUCCCUUCUCACUUCUAUAGGUGGGGUAAAGUCGGUAAGCUCGAUCGCUGUUAUCAAGUUACUGUUUGACAUGCUAAUGAUGUUGGACUAACUGUGAUGUGCGCCUGGCUGGCCCUCUCGCAAUUGUCUUCGAUAUGGCCUACUGGUGAACAGGGUUUCGUACUGUCACAGAACGAUCGCGUCGGUAGUGAACUGCAAGUGAGGCUUCCAAAAACUGUUUCUGCCACCCUGUCUUCUGUCUUGGUAUAGCUGCCUGAAGCCCCGUCCCGCCCCACUCCUUUCGACUAACCAUGUUAUCGACCUCCACAGCGCCAGCCGUGAGAACCGCCAGCCUUGCGCGCCCUCCAUAGUCCCUUACCUGGGACCGCCACUGCACCCGGCCGACGGAGCGCAGCGCGCAUGCGCGGGGGAGGAGUUGCCGUCGCCCCACUGUAGCGUCACUCGCUCUGUGACCGGCGUCGGCGGCGCAAGGGAGCGAGUGUGGUCGUCGGGGCGGGGCGGGCGACAUGGCGACCCCGGCGGAGGGCGGUGCCGCCGUCCAGUACCGCUCCUACCGGCGCCGCUGGGUGGUACUGUUCGUCAUCGUGGUCACUCAGGUCACCAACGGAGCGGCAUGGCUGUCGUUCUCGCCAGUCGCCAACUAUGCGGCCCACUACUACGGCACAUCGAUCGACAACAUCAACUGGCAGAUGACCCAGUUCAUGAUCGUGCAGCUGAUCGUGACGCCGUUCAUCAUGUGGGCCGUCGACCACUGGAGCUUCCGCUGGGUGGUGGUGAUUGGCGCCGUGCUGAACGGCGUGGGCAUGGCCAUCAAGGGCCUGAGCACCUGGGAUCUGGUGACUCCGGCCGACCUGCGUUUCACCAUCACCAUGGUUGGAUCGGUGCUAGCGGCCAUCGCUCAGCCGUUCACGUUGGUGAUCCCGACUCGCUACUCACAGGCGUGGCACCCGCAGAGCGAGCGAACCGUCAGCACUACGCUCUCGUCACUCGCUAACCCGAUCGGCUGCAUGCUGGGCAUCUCGGUGACGCCGCUGUACGUGAAGAGUUCGGCCGACGUGCCGCUCAUCAACACGGUGUGGGCCAUACCGGCCAUCGUGGCAGCGCUCACCGCCGUCCUAGGCGUCACCAUGUCGCACCCGCCGACGCCGCCCAGUCCCAGCGCGGCCGAGCGGCGGGCCCCUGAGCCGCUGCUGCGCACUCUGCGUGCCCUGUGCGCCAGCCGGCCGCUGGUCAUACUGUCCAUCUGCUUCGGCCCGGCGAUCGGAGCCAUGAACGGUGUCGCCACGCUGCUGGGCCAGAUGCUCUGCACCACCGGCUACUCAACGGGUUUCGUGGGCGUGUGCGGCGCGCUGCUGUUCGGCUGCGGUAUCCCCGGAGCCAUCCUGCUGGGUCUGAUCGCCACCAAGACCGGCCGGGCGGUGGAGACGGCCAAGGUCUCCUACUCGCUGACCGCCGUGUUUCUCAUCAUGUUCUGCCAGGCGGCCCGGUACCCGGAUCUCGAGUGGCUGGUGGGCCUCUCCAUCGGUCUCGUCGGCCUCGUCGGUGUCGGCACGUACCCUCUGGUCAUCGAGCUCGGCGUGGAGGCCACCUACCCCAUCGACCAGACGUACAGCAACUCACUCAUCUUCAUACCAGGGUCGCUGGUGGGCGCCGCUCUGGUGGUGCUCGGCACGGUCAUGGGUCGUCCCGUCUCAGAGGCGGCGCGUCAGUACGAGGUGUGCUCUGUGGACGGAGCGGCUGGAGCCGUCGAGCCGCUCGACUAUACCAACUACUACAUGCUGAUGACGUCUCUGCUGUCCGUCUCUGUGAUCGCCUUCACUCUGCUGUUUGACACGCCCUACCACCGGACGGCGAGGGACCAGGCCGACGGCACCCGCUCGGAGACUGUCAGCGUGGCGCCGGCCGACGCUACGGCGUCACUGGACGACCGGGGGACGGAGCAGGCGCCGGCAGUAUAGCGAACGGGAGCUAGAGGGCGACGCUCCGGCGUCACUGGACUGUGGAGAGGCGGGAAACGGAGCAGGCGGCUCCCGAAUAGCAAAUGGGAGCCAGUGACAAAGCCACCCGUAUAGCAAUUUGGAGGCGGAGCCGAUGCCGGCAGCAUAGCGAACACGAGUCAGGACCAGCGACCCCCUUGCGCUCUGUUUAGAAAGAACAGUAGCCUGGGCGAUGCCAUUCGCAUAGAAAGAGAGCAGAGUUAUUGAGAUGGUUCCUUUUCUACACCAGCCCACCGGAAGACUCGGAAGAGGAGCGGACUUGGCUAGCCGGCUGAGGCUCAGGGGACGCUGAAAUGUUAUCAUCGAGAAGGGAACUGGGUUGGAUUGGGUACAUUCCUGUGGUGCAGAGAUGGUGUUCACAUUUCACUUCAGGCUGUGCUGUUAAGACCGACAGUGAUGUGCGUAGUUUUACUAGCAACACUGGCCUCAGUGGGGUGGGAUUUAGGAAUGUCAAUUUUGGAGAUAAUUUAAACAUGGUUUGCUGUCAAAAUGAAGCUAUUGGGCUCAACUCUCAACUCAACUCAAGGGUAAAUACCACCGUAAGACAACGGAAGAGUCCCACUACCCGCAUGCCGUCGAUAUCCUUUGCUCUAGUCGUGCCGAUAGCGGAUGUUACUGACAGGAAUGGUCAUCCGGCUCCUUAUUUCAGUUACUUGUGUGGCAAGUGUAAACUGAAUUGUGUUCCUGUCACUUGUGUCCGCAGUCCGGCGUCCGCCGGUACCGUUUCUCGGCAGGCGUCGUCACUCAGGUUUCAAAUGUAUCGCGUUUACGGGACCGUCACGGCCAAACCGGAACAAACAGGGGCCGGGGCGUGGUUCACGGUUGUCACACCAAACAGCGCAUCAAUGUGCCCGAACGUGGCGCUGGCCUCGUCCAGUGAACGGCGAAGUGACAUAAAGAACAUUUAGAAGAUACUCUGUGCAUGAGGCUGAGAUCAUUGUUUCCUUCGAGCGCGUCCCAGCGGGGUAGGAAGAUGGGCUGACGUGAUCCAGGCCAAAGGUCUUGUAGUAGCCACGAGUGCUGAAUAGUCUAGCAAGGAUAGUUACAUUAGACAUGUAUUUAUGAGCCGUGUUAGUCUGUUGUUAUGCUGAAAAUGUACAAACGACGAUGUGCGCCUUAUAUCCGCCUUUUGACGUUAUUGUAUGUAACAAUACAGUGUUUAUCAUUCACAAAUAUCAUGUGACGUUAU